AUGGCUACAAGCUGCCCUGCAGGCGGGGCACUCAGAAUCCUGAACUUGAAGGAAAAGGACCAGACUACAUACUACCGCCAAGUUUAUCUAAACGCAAAUGAAGGCAUUAAGUAUAUUCAGUCUAUUACCGGGACUCGACUGACCAUCAUCCAUGCCAUCAGCACCACCAUGCAGAGCCCCUCCAUGGUCACCUCUGCAGUCACCACAGCUGGCCUGGAGGACACAGAGGGCCUGAGGAAUCCUCCACUUGUGAACCUGGGAGCCACGGUCGGGGUGGUGGUGGCCACGGCUGUGCUCAUAACCCCCAUCUAUGUGUUGAUGGUCUUCCUCUGGUGGAAGCAAAGGUCCAGGACAUUGUCUGUGUGUUCCCAGAUCACAGACCUCUAG